AUGGCCUCGUCCUCACACCCUUCAUUUGCCCCUCGCUCCGUAUAUGCCAACGCAGGAAAACUCUCAGACAGACCACUCAACACCAAUAACCCUCUACCAUUUGGGUCCUCGGUGCUAUCUCGGCGUGAUCGCGGCGACUUUGGAGACACAGCUGGCAAAUCCCAGGGCCAUCAGACAGGCGCACCUCCAGCACACUCGCAGAUCCAGGGACAAGGCCAGCUUCAAGGAGGCGGCGUGAUGGGGGGCGUUGGACCGAAUGCCGGGAAUAACAACGUUAACAAUAACGUGAACAACCCAUUAAACGACCUUUCCGAGGAGCAGCGGGAGGAAAUCAACGAGGCGUUCACUCUCUUCGACCUCGACCGGGACCGUCACCUCGACUACCAUGAGCUCCGCGUUGCGUUCCGCGCACUUGGCUUCACGCUAUCAAAACCAGACCUUAUCUCUCUCCUAACAACAUACGGCGUGCCACGAACACCCAGCCCGGCCCAGCAACAGCAACAGUCGAGACAGCAGCAACCUCCACCGCAUCCCUCGUCACUAUUAAUGCCCCUCUCUUCAUUCCAGACUAUAACGGCCCGUAAGAUACUAGAACGAGACCCUCGAGAGGAGAUAUUACGAGCUUUUGAACUAUUCGAUGAAGGAGGGAAAGGGUAUAUUGACCUCGAGGACUUGAGGCGCGUGGCUCGUGAGUUGGGCGAGACGGGCCUGGAAGAGGACGAGCUUAGGGCUAUGAUUGAAGAAUUCGAUUUGGAGGGUGUUGGCGGUGUGACCAGGGAAGGCUUCGUUGGUAUAUGUUUACAGUGA